CAAGACGAACAAAUUUCAAGACAAAAUAGGCAGAGUGACGGCACAAUAAUCAAUGAGAACUGUCUUGUCAAGAGAACCUCUACUGCAUCAGGAUUAUGAACUCAUUGAACAAACACAAAUCUCGCAGUCCCAUACUAGAGUGUCACACACAAGGACGCUAAGUGCCUCUUGAUUUAUAAGACGUUGGCAGUGAUCAACUCUUGUGCAACACUCCUUGACGGAACUAUCACGGAUAGCACCCUCAUAAGGUGCUCGCAUAUACAAUAUGCUUUCACUGGCAAGCGCUGGGAAAGGCCUUUCGAGGACCUCAUCCUACGCAGUCGCCGCUCCUGUGCUGAAUAGCGCUGUAAGCUCAGCCUAUUCUACCGAGCGGACGUAUGGCGGUCUCAAGGAUCAAGAUAGAAUCUUCACCAAUAUUUAUGGUUUUCACGAUUGGAAGCUGAAGGGUGCCAAAUCACGAGGUCACUGGUAUAAAACUAAGGAGAUUAUCGAGAAAGGUCACAAAUGGAUCUUGGGCGAGGUCAAGGCGUCCGGGCUUCGCGGUCGCGGUGGUGCAGGUUUCCCUUCUGGGUUGAAAUGGAGUUUCAUGGACAAGCCGUCCGACGGUCGCCCCAAGUACUUGGUAGUAAAUGCCGAUGAAGGUGAGCCGGGAACCUGCAAGGAUCGCGAGAUCAUGCGAUCUGACCCCCAUACGCUCGUGGAAGGCUGUCUGGUCGCAGGACGGGCUAUGGGUGCGCGUGCGGCUUAUAUUUACAUCCGUGGAGAGUUCUACAAUGAGGCUAGCAACUUGCAAUAUGCUAUUAACGAAGCCUAUGCUGAUGGGCUUAUCGGUAAGAACGCGUGCAAUUCCGGGUAUGACUUUGAUAUCUUCAUGCACAGAGGGGCUGGUGCCUAUGUGUGCGGCGAGGAAACGUCGUUGAUCGAGUCGCUCGAGGGUAAGCAGGGAAAACCUCGCCUAAAGCCCCCAUUUCCCGCUGAUGUGGGUGUUUUCGGUUGCCCAACAACCGUAGCAAACGUUGAGACUGUCGCCGUGGCUCCUACUAUCUGUCGUCGUGGUGGAGCUUGGUUCGCCGGAUUUGGUCGACCGCGUAACGAAGGAACUAAGUUAUUCUGCAUAUCGGGACACGUCAACAAUCCCUGUACCGUGGAGGAAGAGAUGUCCAUUCCACUCAAGGAGUUAUUGGAAAGGCACUGUGGUGGUGUGCGUGGAGGGUGGGAUAACCUUCUCGCAGUCAUCCCCGGCGGUUCGUCCGUACCCGUUCUGAAUCAGAACGACUGUAAGGAUGUGCUCAUGGACUUCGAUGCUUUGAAGGACUUGACCAGUGGUCUUGGUACCGCUGCUGUCAUUGUGAUGGAUAAGAGCACGGAUAUCGUAUCUAUCAUUGCUCGUCUAGCAUCGUUCUAUGCGCACGAGAGUUGUGGGCAAUGCACCCCAUGUCGCGAGGGCACCACUUGGCUUAACAAAGUUAUGCAGCGCUUUGUGACUGGUGAUGCUAAACCUCAAGAAAUUGAUAUGCUUAUUGAACUCACGAAGCAGAUCGAGGGACACACCAUCUGUGCCCUUGGAGAUGCCGCCGCCUGGCCCGUACAAGGCCUGGUACGAAAGUUCCGCCCCGAGAUCGAAGAUAGAAUGGCCACUUUCGCCGCCAACAAUAAGGAAGCGACCGCCUAAUGCUGAGGAAGAAGCCGGUUGCAGUCAGAACUAUUGACGUUACUGGAAAGAUGUUUUUCAGACUGCCAGUUUAGAAGUCACUGAUACAUUAAAGUACUUCUUUGUUUUUCAAAUACUGUCAUUGAGCUCGAUUUGGUCCAUGAAUACCUAAAUGCCAAUAUGUUUAUUGAUUAAAGUGUUUUAAAUAUGGA